AUGGAGCUGGGGCCCGACCAUGGCCACGUGAUCUCUCACGUGACGAAGACUUUCCGGGCCUUGUUGGAGCUGCUCGUGGCGCACCAGGCCAGCUUGCUACCCGAAGGCUUCGAGGCGACCUGGCAGCGUCUCCAGGUGGCCCUGCUUUGCUGGAGCAGCGGCACAGAUGGCCUUUGUCCUUCCCUGGCGGCACGGAGCUGUGAGGCUCUGGUGCAUACGCUUCGUUUGCUGGAUGCCUCCGAGCUUCCUUGGCCUUCCCGCGCUCUUUGCUAUCACGGCUGCUUCCUGUCUUUGGCAGCGGCCCUUCGUGCCUUCAGCUCCGUGUGCGACCUCCUGGUGCCUGGACAGGGUGUGACACUGAUUGGCUUGCAGACGGCCUUAGGGCAACAGCUCAACGGCGCCCACGCUGUGGUGCAGCACUUCCAUGCUCAGACGGGCCGCUUCGCCGUGUGCUUGAAGGAGGGAGAUCCUCCAUGUGAGUGGAAGAAGAUCAGGCCACAGAAUCUACAAGCUGACCCGGAUCCUUCUUCGGCCUCAUCGAUUGCUCUGCAGGGUGCCAGAGAAUGUGGGAGAGCUUGUCUGGAGUCGGUUGCGGAGAUUUUCGAUGACCUGCUCCUCAUGAUUCACGACGAAGAUGACGACAGCCUGAGCAUCCUGCAUUCCCACCUCAGCGCAUCGAUGUGGGAAGCCUUGAUGCAGUGCGUUCAGGACAGGAGCCUUGGAUCUUCCGCCCUGCUGGACCUGUGCAGCAAUAAUGCCACCCUUUGCUCCGUCCUGGCCCGCCACAUCUUCUCGGUGCCGGUGGAGCUCUCCAGGUUUUCAGAGGCGCCGACUCAGCGGGUCCUGCGCCUUCAGGAAGGCUUUGCCCGCGCCUACUGCAGACUCUACCAGCCUGAUGCCCUUUGGGACGCGAGCCUCGGCGGAGGCAUUGCAGAGCUGCAGGUUGAGCUAGACGGCCAUGUCUUGAAUCUCGCCGCCGCGGCAGUACAGGCGGACGUCCUGGAAAGCUUUAUCCAGUGCUGCAACAUCCACGUGGCGUGGUUUGCGGCGAGCUCAUAUUCGGAGUGA